CAUACCGGAGUCAAAUUAGCUCCAUGCUACGGCCUGGCGUUGUCUUCUCAUAAUGGGUUCUGAUGGAAGAAAUGAGUGAAUCAACAUAUAUAUAGCGGCGAUUAGGCCCUACUUAGAUCGACUAAAUGGUAACUCGACAAGAUUCUUGAUCCAGCUACUCAGACGCAACAUGUUAUCUCGACACAGCCCCUUAACGAACGUUUUCGUUGCGUUGGCAUCCAGCAACAUUGCCCUCGCUGCUCUCAAUGGACAUUGUCCCCCUUUAGGGCCAGUCCUACCUGCUCCGACGAAUCCCGCAGCACACGAGUCGGUCCAGUUAGCUGUACAUAAUGUUGUAGAUACCCUUCAGAACCUUACUGCUGAUUUUGAUUCUACCGGUAUAUCGAUCGCAGUCAAGUCCAUACAUGAAGCCUCUCCGCUACUGGAGUUCCAUCACACACCUGCGGUUCUUAACUCUAAUGGAACCUCCGUUAUCGACUCCCAAACGGUCUACCGACUUGGAAGCAUUUCCAAGAUAUUCGCGGUUCUCUCACUUCUACAGCAGAGCCAAGUAAAGAUGGAUGACCUCAUCACGCAAUAUGUUCCCGAGUUGCUUGACUUGAAGGGAGAGACGGACGAAGUCACUGAUAUUACGACCGUCAGGUGGAACGAGGUAACGCUGGGUGCACUUGCUUCACACAUGAGCGGUAUCGGCACGGAUCUGGUCAAUGAUCUAGCUAGUUUUCCGACAGACUGGACCCAAGUUGGUUUGCCUAAGUUGAACGCGACGUCUAAAACCGGGUGUGCGGGAGUCCUUGGCCUUCCACCGUGCAACCGAACGGAAUUCUUCCGAGAUUUCGGGAAACGCCAUCCAGUGUACGCGCCGUUCACGAACCCUGUCUACUCGAAUGUCGCCAGCGUCAUUCUUAGCUUUGCUCUCGAAGCCAUCACUGACACAACCUAUGAAAACUAUGUGAGGCAAUCAAUCUUCGAUCCUCUCUCCAUGACGAAUACUACGAUAUUCACUGGGCCGAAGAAGAAUUCAUGGGGUUUUAUUCCGGUGAAUGAGACUUGGUGGGGGAGUAGCUUAGGAUACGAGGACGUAGCUGGUGGUUUCUAUUCGAACACACUUGACUUGCUCUCUUUCGGCACUGGUAUUCUUAAGCACACCGUACUAGAAUCGGCCAAGACAAGGAAGUGGAUGAAGCCGUUGACGUCGACUUCCUCGUCUGGCCUCCUUCUGGGAGGACCCUGGGAAAUUAUCCGGUCCAACACUGUGACAAAGGACAAGCGCCUCAUUGAAUUUUAUUGCAAAUCUGGAAACCUGGCUUCCUAUAACAAUCAGCUGUGCCUCGUACCAGAUUACGACCUUGUCAUUACCAUUCUCUCGGGCGGUCCACAAUCCAAUGCUGACCUAGUCGAUUUGGCUCUUUCGAAGGUUGUCCAAGGCCUGCUUCCUGCCAUUGAGGAUGCUAGUAAGGCAGAGGCUAUGCCAAAAUUCGGGGGUACCUACACAGAUGCUACUACGAACUCGACUAUCACCCUUUCUCUCGACGACGCGCCUGGCUUCGCCGUAUCUGAUUGGGUUGUACGCGACGUCGAUAUCAUCAAUAACUACGCCUCGUUCACGGCAUUGUCGAGUAGUCCGACGGAUCAAACGGUCUCUGUCCGACUGUAUCCUACGAACUUGGAUUCAGAAUGCCACACUGCGUGGCGGGCUGUUUUCGAUAUCGGCACCCCUGAGCAACUCGCCGCAAAGGAGGCAACCUUAUUCUGGCCCGAUGCAAGUUGCCAUACAUGGGGGACCAUGGAUAGGCUCACCUAUGGAUUUCGCUCGAUAGACGAGUUUGUCUUUGAUCUCGAAGGCGACGGAUCAGCGCAGAGUUUGAAUCUUAGGGCGUUUCAAGUUGAGCUGAGGAGGGAAUCUUGAAAGGCUGGAUCGCUUUGACUUAGGGGUCUAAAAGGCAUGGCUCUACUGGGGCUAAAGAGAUAUACAAAGGGUUGUAGUAAUGUCUAACCUAAUUUACUUCACAUAUAUUUUACUCACUAUUCCUCUAGUAUUAGAUCAUUUUUUACAUCACGUAUUAGCUAUAUGGAUAGAGAUAUU